AUGAGCGAAAAGGCCCGUCUCAAAUGUACUAUCUAUGUUGGAGGCCUUGACCAGGCCGUGACGAUGCAGACGCUGGCGGAGGCAUUCGUCCCCUUUGGCGAGGUCGUGGACAUCACCCUGCCCAAACCCGACCUGCCCAACUCGAACGAGGCCCAUCGCGGCUUCGGAUAUGUGGAGUUCGACCUGCCCGAGGAUGCGAAAGAGGCCAUCGACAACAUGGACGGCAGCGAGCUCUAUGGACGGACCAUUAAGGUCGCCGCCGCGAAGCCUCAGAAGGAGAGCAAUGAAGGACUAGGAAGCAAGACUGCUAUCUGGGAACAGGAGGGCUAUUUGGCCAAAUACGCGGUCAGCGAGGAAGACAGACUUGUUGCGGAGCAGGGUCCGGCGGGGGCCAGUGACGAAACUCAAGACCCUAUGCAAGGCCUGGUGGAAAUGGACGUUGCAGGCCCCAAACCUGAAUGA